AUGCGGAAAACGAAUGAAACAACUUAUGAUUGGCGUGUUGUUGUUAUCGAAUUAAUCACUAGUGCAUUAUUGGGUGAAAUGGAGAAGGAAAAGAAAAGAAAGCAAGAAACAAAACUUGAUCAGUUUAUGACGAAGAAAACAUCUGAGAUGUCAAACUACAAAAUUUGCAUAUCCUUUGAUCUAAAUCAGUCUCUAACUGGUUUGAUAACUGAUGAAUGUUUAUGUUUAUGA